UCGCUCGUAUCUCUCAUUGCAACUUUUGCAGGCACUCACUCCACAGACAUGAUCACAAGCUGAAGCCAAGACCUGCAAUUUGGCUCUGUUUUGGAGCCAAACACCACCGAGACCCGUGGAGUUAAGUUGCAGACGUCCGUUUCUCAUCACGCACCCCGGGCCGAUCAUCAAAUGUAAAUUCUGGAUGUGAUUUUUCAGUCUUUUAUCCCUUUUCUCUCCCCCGAUGAACUGGGUUAGUAAUGCAGGAGAUAGCAGCGAUUCUGUCCGCGGCUCAAGAUGGCAGAUUUUUAUUGAGUUGUGAACAGUGCUGUCGCUUCAUUUUUUGCCAUGAAUAACAGAAACCCUUGCACCGAUGGCCCCUGUAUACGAAGGUAUGGCCUCGCAAGUGCAAGUCUUCUCCCCUCACACUCUCCAGUCAAGUGCCUUCUUUAGCGUGAAGAAACUGAAGGUGGAGCAGAGUUGCAACUGGGAUAUGACAGGGUACGGCACGCACAGCAAGGUCUACAGUCAGAACAGCAAGCAGAGUGUGUCAGUCGCCCCUGUGGGCAUCAACGGCGCCAGUCUCCAGGUUUCCAACUCUUCCCUGUCAUACGAACAGGCCCUACUCUUCCCGGCCGGCUCGGGGCACAUUGUUGUGGCCUCAGCCAGCAGCACGUCUGGGGCAGCUGGUCAACUGUUGGGCAGCACUGGUAGCAGCGGAAGCGGCAGCGGAGGCCAUAACCUGACGCGCCGCAGCACCGUCAGUCUGCUGGACACCUACCAGCGAUGCGGGCUUAAGCGCAAAAGUGAGGAACUUGACAACAACAACGGCAGUGGUAGUGGGAGUAGUGUGCAUGUGGUUGAGGAGCAGCAGCCGCCGGCACCCAUGAUCCAGAACAACGUGCAGAGCGGGGCCACCGUCGCGACCGCGACUGCCUCCACCACGGCCACAUCCAAGAACAGUGGAGCCAACAGCGAGGGCGACUAUCAGCUCCUACAACAUGAAGUGCUGUGCUCCAUGACCAACACCUACGAGGUGCUGGAGUUCCUGGGUCGAGGGACGUUCGGGCAAGUGGUGAAGUGCUGGAAACGGGGCACCAGUGAGAUCGUGGCCAUCAAGAUCCUGAAGAACCACCCUUCCUAUGCGAGGCAGGGCCAGAUUGAGGUGAGCAUACUGGCACGGCUGAGCACGGAGAGUGCGGACGACUACAACUUUGUUCGAGCGUACGAGUGCUUCCAGCACAAGAACCACACGUGCCUGGUCUUCGAGAUGUUGGAGCAGAACCUCUACGACUUCCUCAAACAGAACAAGUUCAGCCCGUUGCCGCUCAAGUACAUCCGACCGAUCCUGCAGCAGGUCGCCACUGCCCUGAUGAAGCUCAAGAGCCUAGGACUGAUCCACGCUGACUUGAAGCCUGAGAACAUCAUGCUUGUAGACCCAGCCCGCCAACCCUACAGGGUCAAGGUGAUCGACUUCGGAUCUGCUAGUCACGUCUCCAAAGCGGUGUGCUCCACCUACCUGCAAUCUAGAUACUAUAGGGCUCCAGAGAUCAUCCUGGGUCUGCCGUUCUGCGAGGCCAUAGACAUGUGGUCUUUGGGUUGUGUGAUCGCUGAACUGUUUUUGGGAUGGCCUCUUUAUCCCGGAGCAUCAGAGUAUGACCAGAUCCGCUACAUCUCUCAAACGCAGGGCUUGCCAGCAGAGUAUCUGUUAAGUGCAGGGACGAAAACAACCAGGUUUUUCAACAGAGACCCCGACUCCACCUAUCCUCUAUGGAGACUGAAGACCCCCGAGGACCACGAGGCAGAGACGGGCAUCAAAUCUAAAGAGGCUCGCAAAUACAUCUUCAACUGCCUGGAUGAUAUGGCGCAGGUGAAUAUGACCACAGACCUGGAGGGCAGUGAUAUGUUGGCAGAAAAGGCAGACAGAAGAGAGUUCAUUGACCUGCUGACCAAAAUGCUGACCAUCGACGCAGACAAGAGAAUAACACCCAUCGAGACCCUCAACCACCCCUUCGUCACCAUGACCCACUUGCUGGACUUCCCUCACAGCACACAUGUCAAAUCCUGCUUCCAGAACAUGGAGAUUUGCAAGCGUCGGGUGAACAUGUACGAUACAGUCAAUCAGAGCAAGACCCCCUUUAUAACACAUGUAGCCCCCAGCACCUCGACCAAUCUCACCAUGACCUUCAACAACCAGCUGAACACUGUGCAUAGCCAGGCCACCAACCUGGCUCCCUCUUCCACCAGUGCCACCCUUUCCCUUACCAAUCCCGAUGUCUCCAUACUAAAUUACCAAUCUGCACUCUACCAGCCUUCUGCGGCCCCCAUGGCUGCCGUGGCACCCAGGACGAUGCCCCUCCAGCCCGGUGCACCGCAACUCUGUGCCGCCCGACCCGAUCCCUUCCAGCAGGCCCUCAUCGUCUGCCCACCUGGCUUCCAAGGUUUGCAAGCAUCGCCCUCUAAACACACUGGCUACUCUGUGCGGAUGGAGAACGCAGUUCCCAUAGUAACACAGGCCCCCGGUGCCCAACCUCUGCAGAUCCAGCCAGGCCUUCUGACACAGCAGGCCUGGCCAUCUGGUACUCAACAGAUUCUCCUUCCUCCAGCGUGGCAGCAGCUCACACACACUUCAGUGCAACACGCCACCGUCAUCCCAGACUCCAUGACCAGCUCACAGCCUCUGGCUAACUGGAGGAAUUCCCAUCCCCAUGGCAGCCAUUACAAUCCCAUUAUGCAACAGCCAGCCUUACUGGCAGGUCACGUCACCCUGCCCCCUCAGCAACCUCUUAAUGUGGGUGUGGCUCAUGUCAUGAGACAGCCAUCCAACAACCAAUCAAACUCCAAAAAGAACAAGCAGCACCAGAUGAACAACAGGAACGUGUCAGGGUACGACGUGUCCUCCACCCAGCCGGUGACGUCACCUCAGCGCUCCAAACGGGUGAAAGAGAACACCCCGCCUCGCUGUGCCGUGGUUCAAAAUGGCCCUCCCUCCACCUGCGUCCCAUCACAGACCUGCACAGGCGGUGGAUGGGGAGGUGAACAGGCAUGUAGCACUACUCGAGACCACCACGGUCAACACAACCCACCACGCCAAACCAUCAUCAUCCCCGACACCCCGAGCCCAGCGGUCAGCAUCAUCACCAUCAGCAGUGACACGGAUGAGGAGGAUGACCUCAAACAACCCACUAACACCAGCACAUCAUCCAAACAGAGGAAGAAUGUCAUCAGCUGUGUGACCGUUCACGAUUCCCCUGACUCUGAUUCCAGCAAUACCAGCCCUUACGCUGUGGACUCCCGGACCAAUGGCCCCAACGCCAAUGGCUACGACUCUAAAGGUGCAGUCCUGGAUAACUACAGCAAUGGGAACCCCCGCACCAUCAUCAUCCCCCCGCUGAAGAGCCAGACCAGCGAAAAUCUGGGAGAGUGUGAUAGACUCUUGCCUGAUGUCAUGAACCACCAGAACUCCACCUACAAGUUCAAAACCUCCAAUGGAGGCUUCUCUGGCAACAACCACACAUCAGGAGGAGUGACAGGAGGUGGGGCAUACCGGCAGCAGCGCACAGGACCACACCCCUUUCAGCAGCAGCCUCUAAAUCUCAGCCAGGCCCAGCAGCACAUGGCAGUUGAGCGUAACGGAGGUCACCGGCGGCAGCAGGCAUACAUCACCCCCACUAUGGCCACCCAGGCGCAGUACUCCUUCCACAACAGCCCCACCCACACGGCUAACGUUCACCCGCACCUGGCCGCUCCACAUCUGCCUGGGCAACCACACCUCUACACUUACACUGCCCCUGCUGCCCUGGGCUCCACUGGCACAGUGGCCCACCUGGUCGCUUCGCAGGGUUCAGCUCGUCACGCAGUCCAGCACGCCAGCUAUCCUCCAGGCAUUGUCCACCAGGUGCCUGUAAGCAUGGGUCACCGCGUGCUGCCCUCGCCCACCCUUCACCAUGGCCAAUACCAGGCCCAAUUUGCCCACCAGACCUACAUCAGUGCUUCUCCUGUCUACACUGGAUACCCGCUGAGCCCCACCAAGAUGAACCAGUACCCUUACCUCUAAAGCUGAAACACUGGAGCCCAGCCAAUCGCUGCUUACCAUUUCUCCCCUUAUCCCACCUAGAGACAGAGAGACAUGCUGAAGCCUAUCGACCCUUAACCCCAUCCCCUUGUUCCUGUCAUGCUUAAACUUGAAGACAAUGAAGACGCCGACGGAUAGAGGUAGUGUACUCUGAGAGGGAACAGAAGGGUACUGAGGAACUUUCUUUUCAGAUGAGUUUUAUUUCGCCUUCUCAAAAGGGCCAGUUAACGUUUUAUUUCUUGAUCUGGAGGUUUUGUUUCUUUUAAAACAGAAGGAGUUUUGUUUUGUUUUUCUUUCGCAACAAGGUCUCAUCAACAGGCCGUUUGGGAGAGACAGAGUUCCAUUCAGCGGAGAUUUUGUUUGCUUUUCGCUUUCUUGAAAUCAUUCACUGACUGUUGAGCCGAGGUCACGACGUGGAUGUUGUGAAUUCCUACAUGAUUUUUUUUUGGAUAAGGUGAAAUACGGAUAUCUGCUGCUCUUCAAAGAAAAAAACAACAACGAUGGCCUUGAACUGUCUUAAACGUUUCCAAAUUAAAUGCGACGAGCGGUAUUGUGCAUUCUCCGCUGCGCUCUCUCCGAAAAAAGAAGAAAAAAAACACCUGGAGGAAUCUUCUGGAAAUAGGACGACAAAACUUUUUAGUGUAUUUAUAGACUUUUCUUUGUUUUGUGUUCACAAUUAGAAAAGGAAAUAUGUUUGUCAUACCGUAGUUCGUUAGCUGGGCCCCUCUUUGUAGAAUGUAGCAGUCUGCACCCGUUGAUUUAAUGAAGAACCUUUCUGAUACCAAUAGAUACUCGUUUUUCCUCUUUCAAUGUGAUUGCACAAAGUGGUUACAAUAACAUAGGCAUGUUCAACACGGUAGUCAGUUGUGCGUUUGCGUGCAUGUGUGCGCUCAGCACAUCUGUGCGACGUAUUCCUCCACAGUCUUAGGUUUAUCAUUGUUACCUCGUAGUGCCUUACAUAUAUUACGACAGUUUACUUGGCUGGAAACCCUCUAGAACCAGAUGCUAGUCAGAGAGUUGGCUCCUAGGUUGAACAUUUUCAUCCGAGCUGUUUCCUGUGUGUGUGUUUUGUUUUGUUCUUUAAGUUCCAGGCGUAAGCGAUAGCCCUAAACGUUAUUUAAAUGCUUCUCGUUUAGCGUGCAUGAGGUCUUUUACAUUUAAAGAUAAACGUACUUGCCUGGGGUAAUGAACCAAAGUCGUCAUUUUAAAGAUAAGUAACUUUUGUUCUGGAUAGUGGAUAUAAUUAUAUAUAGCGUAUUUACUGUACAUACCGUAGCUAUGCGUUUUAGUCACCUUGCGAUCAAUGCAAUGACACCUGAUUUAUGCUGUACAUGUCAUGAAAGGGAGACUAAAAGGAUAUUUGACGGAAAAAGCCAAGUAUCAUUCAAUCAGUUUGAGAUCGGGAGCACAAUUUGUUUAAUAUUAAAAUAAAACACACCAGGUCUAAAGAGGUUGUCUGUUUAUGGAAGGCUGGACUUGAGCCAGAAGCAGAAAUGGCUUAGAAACCUGGGAGGGUUCGAGAAGGAGAUUCUUGUUAGGAGUGGAUGAGGUUGCGAACUUGUGGAUUUUGAUGGGAAUUGUUGGGAAGCGAGAGGGCGAAUUCCACAUUUUUAAUGAGAAUUAGCAUGUUGGCUUUGAGCAUGUUGGUAUUGUAGAUGCUGAAGGAAGCCGUGCAGCGUGACUGCACACCACACUCUGAGUUAAGUGCUCAGUCGAGGUUCUGCAAAGAUCUGUGGGGUUUUGAUUCUCACGUACACUUUAGGGGUCCAAACAGCCCCACUGCAUGAGGAUGUCAAGAACAACAUGCACCGGAAAUCAAAAUUGGCUUAGUCUUUUUUUCACUGGUUGUCUUACUGUAGGACUCACUAAUGCUACCGGUGUCACGUCAGUAAAGAAAUAAUGAAAGUGUAGAAAACUGUGGGCCAAUGCUUGUCUUAUUGCUGCUUAAUUUAAAGUUGAUAUGCUAGCCAAUCAUUUACACCGUGUCCUAACCAUGUGCUCUGCAGUAAAGUUAUUUAAAAGAUAAGAAAGAAUUAUAUAGUAUAUUAUAUAUACUCUAUCUUUAAACAUAUUGGUGUUAUGUGUCAUAAUUAAAAAAAGAAAGAAAACUAUGCUUUUAUUCAGGAAGCACUGAUUGAUCAAAAGUGAAAAUAGAGACAUUUUUAAUUUUACAAAAUGUUAUUUUAAGUAUAUGCUGUUCUUUUAAACGUUCUAUUUUUCAAAGUAUCAUGAAAAAACUGCCUCACAAUUUCUCAACAUAGACUCAUUCUGAAAGCGUAGUCCUAUAUACAUUUCUGGAGAUCGGAAAUUAUGUAGCCAGAAGUACUCAUGCGUACUACAUGAAAUUUUUUAAAUAAACACUACAUGGCAGUAUGUUGUCGUUCCUUUACCAGCUUACUGCUUACCUUUGUAUGGACGGCUUUCUAGCUGUUACCAGUUCGUCCAGUUAGCUCUUCAUGUACAUCGGUGGACUUUAGACUCUAAGAGGAGAUGACCAGGUUGAUGGGGUUCGAGUCUGGUGAAAAACGCUUCCAGAAAGCGGGUAAAACAAAAACAGAACAUGAAAAUUAAAUGAACAAGUAAAUAACAAGGUGAAAAUGUGGUAAAACAUGGUAAAAAUCAGGCUUUUCUUUUUCUGAAUUGCUUUUUAAGUUUGUCAGUUGGUUUUAGGGAACAGGGUGAGCAGGUCAAUCUGUGUUUUUUAAAAUACUAUUGGUUGGGUUAAGGAAAGGAAGGGGUGGGUCAGUCAGUCAAACAGUCAGUCAACAGCGCACUCUGGUGGAGAACAACAGGCACUUAUGGCACUCGCGAGAGAAAUUUGAGAUCUCAAAAAACGUACACAGUGGCCUCUCGUGGAUUUGUGAAAAAAAAAACUGCAAAAAAACGUAGUUCCUGGGAAGUAUUUAACGGUCUCCAGUAAUGUACAGAAAUGGCUACUGAGAAUCCACGACACACCUCCACAGUAAAGUGCGUGAACCUGCAACAUGGUAUUACACCAGAAAUACAUGGCCAACAGGGGGCAGUUAUGUAACAUGGUAAGCAUACUGAACUGAUCCAAUAUACUGAGCACGUGAGCUACCUGUAAACGGUGUGAAAACGCCAUUCUUUAGGCAGCUGUGUGUGUUAUCUUUUACUAUAGAGUUUAACUGGUUAAAAUGCCGAUUUUGAAGUGUCUAUUUAGGCUAAGAGCAGAUAGCGCACCUCUUUGGAAUAAGCUGUAUACAGAGUUACAUUAUCAGAAUGAGCCUGGGUUGCAAUUUCUACAAAAAUAUUAAGUUAAUGAAAAAUAAUAAUAGCUGUAAUAAAUGUUUCUUCGCCAAAUGCAGCAUGAUAAAAUGAUUUCAGAGGGAUUGUGUGAAACUGAGGACUGGAGUUAUGAUGCUAAAAAAUUGCUUUGCUUAGGAAUAAAUUGCAGGAAAACAAAAGAAUGUUAUAUAUUUAACAAAAAAACAGAUAUUCAAAAUUGUACCAAUAUUUCACAGUAUUACUGUUUUACUGUACUUUUGGCCAAAUAAAUGCAGCAUAUGAAACUUAAAAUAAAUAAAUAAAUAAAUAAAAAUUAAAUUAAACUGUGGCACCCACAAACUUGAAAAUCAGUACAACCAUAAGGAAAAGGAAAAACUAAACAACUAAAAAAAAAAAUAUUAUAUCAUUAUUUAAUGGAUUGGAAUAAAUAUAAUAAAGUGACAAAAAUAAAAGCAAGAAUAGACAGAACACCUGCUGCAAUAUCUACUGUUUAGCCCCGCCCUCAUUGAAAUCUCAUUGGUUCAGAAUAGUUUGCAUAACUUAAAGCUAAACCUCAGAUAUGGAUUGGCUUUGCUUUAGCGUUUUUUAUGCAUCUGGUUAGGACACAGUGCUUGUUUUGUUUUGAUGUUGUCUAACGUGCACAUUCUUAUAGAGCAAGGGUCACCCAUCUUGUUCCUGGAGGUACGGCUCCCUGCAGGGUUUAGCUCUAACUUGCCUCAACACAUCUGCCUGGUUGUUUCAGGUAUACCUAGUACAACCUUGAUUACCUUGUUGGGUGGGUUUGAUUAGGGUUGAAGCUAAAAUCUGCAGGACACCGACCCUCCAGGAACAAGUUUGGUGAUCCCUGUUAUAGAGUAUGAAUUACAGUAUAUUCCGUCUGCCCUACUUGCAUUUGAAGUAGUUUAUGUUAUUCUGUUGCUAGUUAUGAUGUGUUCUCGUAUAGAGUGUUGCAAUAAUGUUUGUGGAUGUUUAUUCAUUAAUUGUCUUUUUUUAUAUAUUUCAAGCAUCGUCUCUUUGAUUUCUGGUGGUCACUGUGUAAUUGUGAUAUUUAGUAUUCUACAUCUGGUAGAAAGCAUUGUCCAAUGUGCUCGGCUAAGGUCUGACACUAUUGUAACUCAAGCCUUCCAACUGGAGCUCGUCAGAUUGAUUCAUAAAGCUGCGUGUUAUGACGUAGAAUGCCAAUAGACUUACGUUGUUAAUGUUGUAUGUUUGCUUAAGCUUAAGUUGGAUGCUCAUUCAAGCACACAGUUGAGAAAGGCUCCUUCGAUGUUAGUUGCAUAAAACAUUCCAUUCCGGAAGGAGCCGUUUCUGACUGCACUGAUCUGUAGUCUCCAGUCUGUCUCACCUCACAGGGACCGGCCUGUACGACCAAAUCGGGACUCCGCUGGCAUUCAAGGACUUUUUUGUUCUUCCCACCAAAGAAAUUCAGCAUGUCGUUGAUGCACAGACGUGUCUCUUGCUGAAAUGGAAAAGAUAGACUGAGUUUGAGUCAUAUUUGGAAAGCAUAAAAAAAAAA